CCGUGCGAUACGGUUGGACGGUGCUGUGUUGAACGCGCGUAAUCCGAAGUGAGUGAGAGAGAAAAGAAAGAAGAGAGAGAGGGAAGAAUAGACGGAGGGGGAUGACGCGAUGUGGUUGCGUUUGCAAGUCGGUUUCUUCACUAUCAGAUGUGCGACGUCAGGUGACCACUUCUGAGAUAUUCACAGCCCGCCAUAGACACAGUUAUUAAAUAAAAAUGUAUUUGCAAUAUCGGCAGUGCAAAGUGAAAUUCUCUUGUGAUUGAACAAUUAUCAAUAGUUCUGAAGUGAAGAUUGUCAAAAUUCGAAGAACAGUUUGGAUUAUCUCGCAACACCGUGUGACUGCUUCCUUUUAAUCGAGCAAGAUAAGUUAUUUAAACGCAAGCGCGUUAAAUCUUCAGUUUUUAUCAGCAUACAAAGAAAUAUGUUAUGACAUAAGUCAAUCAUAUCAGGAAAUAUACGCGUCUCUUUAUUUCGUUAUGAGAUCGAGUCAGCAAGCAUGAAUAAUCGUUCGACGUUUGGCAACUGAGAAAGUGUGUUCUACACUUCAUUUUAAUAGAAAAACAAAGAAAGAGCGACGACCGUUCUCGCUGUCGAUACACUGAGCCGAAAUCGACGAUGCUGUAUGAGGUGAUCACGCCAUAUCGUGCGACAUUGAAUUGGAUAUUCGCGUCCGGAAUUGGUACGAUCAUAUGAUAAAUGUAGAACACGCUGUAUCCCCGUUUUCUUUUUAUUUUGUCCUUUUUCGUUUUGUUCGAUUCCCCGCUUAUAUCUUCACCUAGUCGGCUAAUGUACAAGCAGCGUUAUUGCGUCGAGACUAGUGAAGCUUCCCGAUACUACACGUGACUACCCGCCCGUUAUAUGUCAGUAUGUGUAUCUAUCGACGCCUUCAUCCAUGUGCUGUCUCGCGUGGUCUCAAGCGUCACGUACGGUUCUUUCUAUUAUAAUUUUUACGGAGUGGUAAAGUGUAACAACACAGACCAAAAAAAGAAAAAAUAACAAAAGAAUUGCUUAGUCGUCGCUGCGCGCACUCAAGCGCGCCAAGCGCUGAUGUGUGUUUCGUUUGAGUUUGUUCUGCGUGUGUAUGUGUUGUAUAGAGAGAACUGUUUCUUGCGUGCGCGUCAGUUAAAACAUAUAACUUAACAAUCGAGUGGAGAAAAAACAAUAAUAAGUGAAAUGAUGAGUGUUGAGACGCAGCAGCAGCAGCAGCAGCAGCAGCAGCAGCAACAGCAACAGCAACAGCAACAGCAACACGUAAGCAGUAGUUCGCAAGUGGAGCAUCGUUGCAAGAAUUGCGGUCUCAACUUGGAAAGCGAGAAAAGCUUGGAAGUUCAUCUGCGAUAUCAACAUCAAGAAAAUCUGAUGAAUCAGUGGGCCAAUAAGGCACAGCAAGAAGAAAGCAAUAAUAAUCACAGUAAGACUGGUAAUCAUAAUAGCCACGUGAAUGUUAGUCGUGACAGUGUGACCGUGCCGAUAGAUUCGAACGAAUCUUCAUCAAUGUCGCCUUCACGGGAAACAACAAACACGCAGCAAACACCGCAGCCGCAGCAACAACAGCAGCAGCAACAGCCGCAGCCACAGCCACAGCCGCAGCCGCAGCCGCAGCCGCAACCGCAGCAACAACAACAACAACAACAAUCACCUCAACAACAUCAACAGCAGUCAACUUUACAUCCAAUUGUAUGUCAACCGUACGAUCAUUAUCCGCAAAUAUUUACCGAUCCUUAUUAUAUGCAAAACGAUAACUUUAUUAUUUCUCAUCCUUAUUCGCCGCCACAAGAAGAAAUUCAGGCGAAUGGUUGUCGCGAUAAUACUUAUUCGCGUUAUCAUCCGUAUCAGCAUCAUUUUCCUACGGACCACGUAGCAUCAAAUUCUGCUAGUCCGCGUAGUCCGCCUUUUUCGUGCGACAAAUGCGGUAUUGUUUACGAAGAUGCGAAUCAGUUGGGUGAGCAUUUACGAACGAAUCAUUUGAAUUCCCCUUCCGCAUUUCCCCCUCAAUAUCAGCAGUUGGGCAGCAGUCCGCAAAGUCAACAGUUGCAUCCUUCCCCUCACUCGAAUCACCCGCAACAACAACAAGGUUAUGAUUACAAUGGCGUACAACCUGCCAAAUCGGAUAUGAAACAAGAAUCUGAAGAACAAGCUGAGAUUCUUGAUUUAGAUUCUCAUAAAGUGCAAACGCACAGAUACGAGGAAGAUAUGAGAUUGCAACAGCACCAGCAACAAGGAUUUCAGAUGCAGAUGCAUCAUCAGCAGAUGAUGCAACAGCAGCAGAGAAUUGGAACACAUUCGGUGAGUUCUAUGUUAAGUUGGCCUGCACAAGCUCAUGAAUAUCAUCAUGGAUUAUCGAUGGGAGUGCCUAUGGACAAUGUUCAACCAAUCGGCGAUCAGUUCAUACGUCCUCAGAACAUACAUCCUGUGGAGCAUCAAGGAUCGCCAAUACUUGCUAAUACACCACCUAUACCCAAUCAGCAAAUGUCACCAGGCUUUGCACAACCGGCAUCAACACGGCCAAAUCAGUCGUGGAAAAGCAACGAACCGCGUCGGCCAAAGACGUACAAUUGCACUGCGUGCAACAAGUGGUUUACCAGUUCUGGUCAUUUAAAACGACAUUAUAACACUACAUUACAUAAAAAUGCAGUUAAGGGUAGCAAAGAUCCUGAUCCAUCAACUUUACCUAUAGCAGCCCAUCAUCAUCCAAGAGAUAAUAAUUCUACUUGUGCAACAAGUAACAGAGCUUCUACUCGAUCUUCACCAAACUUAUCGAGGAGUCCCCCAAACUUGAUUGCAGGUCCCUCGGGAGAGGCGACGAGGGGCCUGCCAAUUUUACCCAAUGCCCACAACAACUUCAGCAACAACAACGACAACAACUCCACGGUAGCGGUUCUAGCAGUGCAACAGCAGCAGCAGCAGCAGCAGCAGCAGCAGCAGCAGCAACAACAACAACAACAACAACAACAACACCAUCAACAACAACUUGUCCACCUGGGAAUAAUUCCACUCACUUCGCCCCCGGUUCCAUCGCCACUGUUACAUCAUCAGCAACAAGUGGUGGACUCUGCACCUCGUCAACUGGAUCUGCAGCAGCAGCAGCAGCAGCUGCAGCAGCAGCAGCAGCAGCAGCUUCUUCUACCAAUGGGUUCUCCGGUUCAGUCAAUACAUUCGAAUACUCCCAUUCCACUGUCUCCGGCGUCCCACCUGACUUCUCCAAUGGAUACCUCGCCAGUCCACCCGUCGCAUCACAUGAAUUCACCCAUACCGAUGGAGGAUACUACGAUCCAGCCUUACCCAAACGUGUUGUCCCCCCACGUUACUCCUAUUAUCAACCAGGUGCACCGACAUAUCAAAACGCCUAUCCUCAUGGUAACACCUACUACUGGCCAUGAACCUCUACCCAGUUUUGGGGCCUUUAUACAGAGUGUUGGAGCAUACGGCAGAUAUGUACGUCAGAAUGAAAUACAAUCAAUUUUUAACGUGGGGGGACUAGAUAUUGAGGAGACUAAUCCUCUGAAAUCCUGCGAGUAUCUUUAUUCGUAUACAAUUUGUCCGUCGACUCACAAAUCGGUGACUAUGUGCGAGUCAGCAAUGAUCUCAAUGCCUAAGAAUUGUAAGCGUCUUGUGUUCGAAGAUAACAACAAUAUUCAAGUUUUGGAUGAUUCGGAUUCUGAUCUGCCGCUCAAGAACAAACGUAAAACUGGUGGCAAAAGUAAUAGAACCACCAAGAAUCCAAAGAAUAAGGAUCAAGUGUUUAUAGAUAUUGUUUAUAGUCCAAGAAAAAAAAACUCAAAAGAAGAUAACAAACCUGUUAAAUGCAACAUUUGCGGCAAAGAAGUUCAAAGUCAGUGCUAUCUUACGCAGCACAUGAAUAGUCAACACAACGGCGAAAAAGCAUUUAGAUGCAACACUUGCGGCAAGAAAUUCCACACUCAAGCCGAGUGCGACAAGCAUUUGGUAAAACAUAUGCAGGAGAAGAAAUUUGAAUGCAGUUUUUCUUCCUGCAAUAAACAGUUCGUUCACAAGACCGAUCUUAAAAGGCAUGAAUACGGUCACAGUGCUAUUAAACCGUUUCAUUGUUCAAUAUGUAAUAAAGGAUUCAUCCGUCACGAUCACUUGAGGAAACACGAACAGGCGCACAAAAGAAAACAGAUGAACCAAAACAGGAGAAAUCGCACUUUUACAGCCGAAAUACCUAUCACUCAAACAAACGCUACAACCUCCGAAACAUACACAUUACUGGUAAAUGAAUUGGAACCUAGUACUCCAAAUUCCGAAAUAUACAUGUCACCGAUAUAUGAAUCAGGAUACAGCACCACAAACUCAGAAACAUCUUAUGUGGAAACAUACAAUCUAGAUGAACAAAGUGAUGAAAUUUUCGAAAAUCAGUUCAAAGCUUCAAAUUAAAAUUGUUCCUUUGGGGGUCAUCGGUCCAUUGGAUCGUCUUAUGGCCUUGUAAUGAAUUCUCCGUGACAAAACGAUAGGUAAGAGUUUUUUUUUUAUCAACGGAUAUAUUGAUUAUUUUGUUAAAGUGACAGUGUUGCAAUUAAUUUCUCAAUCUUUAAUUCAUUUUUUUACGUAACUUUCGACAAAAUAAUGUAAAGUCCGAUUCGUAAUGAAGAUUCACUUUUUAUGCAUUCCUUGCGAAAACAUCGGUGAUUAUGACACUAUGUUUCUAUAACUGGUUUUCUUCUAAUAACGUAAUAUUUAUCCGAUACACGCAAAGCGGCUUAAUAUUUUACGAACAUUUUAUCUGAAGAUGUAAAUUUGACCGACAAGUUGUUACGAUAAGAGACGGGCUUCUUUCACGAUAUGUACAUAUAAAACGAUCGAUAUCGCGAAACUUUCACUAUACAAUGACACGAAGUCACUGCACUUUAGCAAUUUCAAAGAGAACGCAUAACCUCUAUUUCUAUUUUUUUUUACUUUCGUUGUAUCAGUUGCUUGAUUUGACUGAUAUUCAGAAUUUUGAAUUUUUGACUUGUCGAUGCAUGAUGAUAUAAUCUUAAAAAAAAUCAAGUUACUAAAUAAGCUUUAGAGAUUAAGUAAGAAGUAAUAUUAAAAAUAAAGGAUGAAAUUUUUCAAGAUAUUAAAACUUCGAAGCUUUGAACUGUACAAAGCACAUUGAAUGUAUAUCUAUACAUUCAUUUAUACAUGUGUAAAAAGGAAAGAAAUGUUUGUGUGUAUUAUUACAAUUAGUACAAUUAUAUCAAAAUUAUAGCAUGAAACGAAUUCUUUAAUAUGAGAUUAUAGUCGAGAAACUAACGGCAAAAAGGGAGAUAUGCAACUUUUUUCUAUAUUUUUUCUUUUCAGUAUUAUAUAAUUGUCUUUGCUAAUUACAAUUGGAUAAUAUUUCUUUUGCUUUUUUGACAUUUAUUCCAUAUAAGAAAUGCACAUAAACAUCAUUCUUUAUCAUCCCAUUCAUUUCACAAGUCAUAAUUGGACAUUGUACAACAAACGUACGAACGUAUAAAAAAAAACCUUAUAAAACGUUACAAGUAAUUUGCAAUUAUGAAAGAAUCUAAUUAAAAUUGAUUCUUAACAGUAAUGUCCGUUCAAUUGUAAUGUCAUGACAAAUGUGUCUGUUUAUUUGUUUGUUUAAAAGCUUCAGAUGGAUAAGCAGUUGACAUGUACGUUACUCGAAGUAGAGAUUUGCUCACAUUUUUAUAUUACAAAAGUUUUCGUUCUCUCCCUUUUUUAAGAGAUAAAAAAA